AUGGAGGUAAUUCAUCUGGUGCGGAUACUGGUGCAGCAGUAUAGGGAAAGGAAAAAGGACCUGCACAUGGUAUUUAUUGCCUUGGAGAAGGCAUAUAACAAAGUCCCUACAGAGGUGCUUUGGAGAUGCUUAGAGGGAAAUAAUGAUAUUAAUGAGGAUAUCUCCCAUCGUAUUAGGGGAGGUUGGAUAAAGUGGAGGGUCGCCUCGAGAGUGUUAUGUGAUAAGAAGGUGCUGCCCAAACUAAAAGGGAAGUUCUACAGAGUGGCAGUCCGGCUGGCCAUAUUGUACGGAGCAGAGUGUUGGCCAGUAAAGAACUCUCAUCUUCAAAAAUUAAAGGUGAAAAAAGUACAAAUGUUGCAUUGGAUGUGUGGGCUUACUACGGGUGAUCCGGUUAAGAAUGAAACUGUCUGUGAGACGAUUGGAGUGGCUUUAGUGGAGGACAAGAUAUGGGAAGUUCGACUGAGAUGGUUUGGUAAUGUGAUGAGAAGGGGUAUGGAUGCCCCAAUUCAUAGGUGUGAGAGGCUAGUUUUCGAUGGCUUCAGGUGGGGUAAGUAUAGGCUAAAGAAGUAUUGGAGAGAUAUGAUUAGACGUGACAUGGAAUAG